UUCCCAACGAAAACGGUAGAAAUAGAAAAAAUAGCCAAGAGAGGGACAACCAAAACCCUCUCUGAAAUCCCUAAUCCCUGCAAAUGGACAAAGAGAAACCCGCAACCAAACGGUCCCGGGACCACCACGACAAGCACCACCGCAGCCACCACCUCGACUCUGACCAUCACCACGGCCACGAUUCCCACCGUCGUUCGGAACGUAAAUCUUCAUCAUCGCGCCGUGAAGAACGCGAGAGAUCUUUCGAGAGGGAGGGUUCGAGGGAUAGGAAGCAUCGUGAGGAUUCCUACGAGGAAGCUGAAGCGAAGAAGAAGAGGAAAGAGAGGGAAGAGAGUGAGGAGAGAGGAGAGAAGAGGGCCAAAGUUACUGAAGGAAAUAGAGAGGUAAAAAGAGAGAGAAGAAAAUUUGGGGAUAAAGCAAAGGAAGAAGAAAUUGAGUUCUCCAAUGCUGCCAGUGGUGGUGAUCCAGUUCAAAAUGGUGCUGCUCUGGCAUCAUUACCAAGGACUGGUCACUCGCCAUCUACCAAGGUAUCUUCCGUUUCUACUGCUGAAAAUAAAGCAUAUAGUAUUACCGGAUCUCAUGAGGUUCCUGGAUCUAGUACAGAUGGCUCUUCUGCCGUUGGGAGAAGUGGUGGAAAUCUCUCUCUUGAUGCCUUAGCCAAAGCUAAAAAGGCUUUACAAAUGCAGAAAGAUUUAGCAGAGAAACUGAAGAAGAUACCUUUGUUGAAUAAAGGCACAGGCUCCAGUUCAGUGGCGACUGGUGUAACGGUUGAGGGACCAGUCUCAUCAGUGACUACAGCAAUUGCAAGUGGACUAUCAAGCUCGUCAGUGCUUCCUUCUACCUCUGCAGCAGCAGCCCCUAUGAAGCCACCUGCUGGUGGGGUGGCUGCUGUUCCUGGUCUUGCUUCAAUAUCAAACUUAGAAGCUGUUAAACGUGCUCAAGAAUUGGCUGCUAAGAUGGGAUUCCGCCAGGACCCUCAGUUUGCUCCUCUAAUAAACUUGUUCCCUGGACAGGUGCAAGCAGAUAUUCUGGUUCCUCAGAAACCAACCAAGGCACCUGUUCUACGUGUCGAUGCGCUUGGUAGAGAAAUUGAUGAACAUGGUAACAUUAUAAAUGCGACCAAACCAAGUAAUCUUAGCACCCUCAAGGUCAAUAUUAACAAGCAAAAGAAAGAUUCAUUCCAGAUCCUUAAACCUGAGCUAGAGGUGGAUGCAGAAUCAAACCCACAUUUUGAUGUGAGGAUGGGAAUCAAUAAAGAUAAGCUUCUUAGGCCAAAAAGGAUGACGUUUCAGUUUGUAGAGGAAGGGAAAUGGUCGAAAGAUGCUGAGAUCAUCAAAUUGAAGAGUCAAUUUGGUGAAGCAAAAGCAAAAGAGCUAAAGGCAAAGCAAGCACAGUUGGCAAAGGCAAAGGCUGAUAUAAAUCCAAAUUUGAUUGAGGUGUCAGAAAGAAUAACAAAGGAGAAAUUGAAAGACCCAAUUCCUGAAAUAGAGUGGUGGGAUCUGCCUAUUCUAGUUUCUGGUUCUUAUGAUGACAUCGCUGAUGGUGGUGUUAUGACCAAAGAUAAGCUGAAGAAGGAGAAGAUUACUAUUUAUGUUGAGCAUCCCAAACCAAUUGAGCCUCCUGCCGAGCCAGCUCCUCCUCCACCUCAGCCCCUGAAGCUAACAAAAAAGGAGCAGAAGAAACUUCGCACUCAGCGACGGCUGGCAAGGGAAAAGGAUAAACAGGAGAUGAUUAGACAGGGCCUAAUAGAACCUCCCAAGCCAAAAGUUAAGUUGAGCAAUUUAAUGAAAGUUCUAGGAUCUGAAGCUACCCAAGAUCCUACUAAGCUUGAAAUGGAAAUCCGUAGUGCUGCUGCUGAGCGGGAACAGGCUCAUGUGGAUAGAAACAUCGCUCGCAAGCUUACCCCUGCUGAGCGCCGUGAGAAGAAAGAGAGGAAGCUUUUCGAUGACCCAAAUACGGUGGAGACCAUUGUUUCGGUUUACAGGAUCAAUGACCUCUCACAUCCCAAGACCAGCUUUAAAGUUGAUGUUAAUGCCCAAGAAAACCGAUUAACCGGUUGUGCUGUGAUCUCCGAGGGUAUUAGCGUUGUAGUUGUGGAAGGUGGAAGCAAGUCCAUCAAGAGGUACGGGAAGCUCAUGCUUAGGCGAAUAAACUGGGCUGAAGCUGUAAACGACAAUGAUGAUGAUGGAGAUGAAGAUGAAGAGAAACCCCCUAACAAGUGUGUAUUAGUCUGGCAAGGUAGCGUUGCUAAAUCAAGUUUCAGCAGAUUUUCUGUUCAUGAGUGCAUCACUGAAGCAGCUGCAAGAAAGGUUUUUGCUGAUGCUGGAGUGGGCCAUUACUGGGACCUUGCGGUUAAUUUCACAGACGAUGAGUUUUGAUAUUAUUAAAAGGCAAUUUUCCCAAGUAUUUUCCCGCUUGACUUUAGAUUAUGAAAUGUUGUGAUUAAGAACUACUUUCCUGCAGUUGUUCUAUCAUCUUCUGUGCUAAUCAACUUUUCCAGGUUUUAAAUUAUCCUUAGUUGCAAAAACCGAAUCCGAUUCAAUGGAUAAUUAUCUAAACAGAUUUGGUUGUUUAAA